CGCCCCAGAUAAGCUGAGAGCCAAAGAGCUUUCCCCGUUCCCUUAUCGUUAAUUCGCCUGCCCUCCACCGCUUCCCUCCUGCCUCCCCACCGAAUACGCUCCCCGUGUCCCUCGCUGCAUGCACUGCACCUAUCUCUCCUGCACUGCCCCUUUUCACCCUGCCCCCUCGCCUUCCCAUUCCUGCACCUCCUUCCUCACCUUCUCUGCACCUCCUCCCCGCUCUCGGUCAGGGGCAGAGGAUUGGCGGUGUCCCCCCCACCCCCUUGCAGUUCCUGCCUGGUUUAUUUUGGGGCAGCGGCUCCGGGCUCAGAGAGAGGACCGUGCGUAGCAUGGGGAGGUGAGAGACAGCCCGACUCACACUGCUGCUGGGCAAGCCAUUUAUACCAAGUCACCUGCAAAUGAACUCCAUGAACCCCAUGAAACCAUCACACGCAGGCACAGGGCACAGUGAUGGUUCAUUUGCAUACGAGUCUGUUCCCUGGCAACAAAGCACCAAUCAGGCAGGAGGAUCGCUCUCUGUGGUAACAACCGUCUGGGGUCUCAGCAACACGUCGCAGAGCCAGCAGGUCUUCGGGAAUCCCAUGGUGCCGAGCGGCGGCCCCACCGGGGGUGGAGUCAUGCCGGGUCUGGCAGGCAAUAGCGGAGGAAUGGGGAGCCCUCCAUUCAUUAGCCAGCAAGGGUACUCGGAAGCCGGGGCUGGAAAAAACUACCUGCAGCAGAGCGUGUACGGGCGAGGUGGAUACCCCGGAGGCAAUGCGUAUCCCAAUAGUUACCCCGGAGGACCCCCAAGUGCUGGUGGGAUGGGAAUGCCGCAGCACUCGGGCCGCGGGCCAGCCGACUUCACGCAGGCUGCAGCUGCAGCGGCCGUGGCAGCAGCUACCGCGACGGCAACAGCUACUGCUACUGUAGCUGCCCUGCAAGAGAAGCAAAGCCAGGAGCUCAACCAGUACGGGGCGGUUGGACCAUCUCAUGGUUAUGGGGGUCAGUACAUGCAACACGGAGGCCCUCGAGGUCCCACCAUGCAGGGCGGAAUGAAUUCUGGGGGGCUUGGGUCUGUGAUGGGUAACACAGGAAUGUCCCAAAUGGGCAUGAACUCUGCCAGGGCCCCUGGCAUGAACCCUGUUUAUACUGGCCAACGGAUACCCCCCCAUGGUUACCCUGGGCAGCUACAGAGUCAGCAGAUGCCUCGACAAGGGGUCAAAAGGACAUACUCCAAUGACGGCUACACAACUCAACAGUACAUGCAGGGUGGGCAAUACCCGCCUCACGCGGCUCAAUACGCUCAAUCAGCACAGCAGCAAUCUGCCCCAUCGCCCUCUUACCCUGGGCACCGUGUGCAGCAGAACAUGUCGCAGUACCUGUCGCAGAGUGGUCCUGGGGGGCAUUAUUACAAGCUGACAGACCAGUAUGGCGGACAGAGCAAUAACUACAAUGGAGGAAAUUUUACCUACAGUCAGCCUAUAAGCGGGCCUGGUCGCACAAUGCCUGGGUAUCCCAGCUCCCCGCUGCCUGGAAAUCCUACUCCCCCCAUGACCCCUGGAAGCAGUGCUCCACCUUACAUGUCCCCAAAUCAGGAUGUGAAGUCUCCUUUUAUGCCAGAUGUCAAGCCUGCGCACAACACUUUGCACCCGUCUCCACCAGCUGCCUCCAAUGAUGAAUUGCGGCUGACUUUUCCCGUCCGCGAUGGAAUCGUCCUGGAACCUUUCAGGCUUCAGCACAACCUGGCUGUUAGCAACCACGUGUACCAUUUGCGGGAGUCCGUCUACAAGACGCUCAUGAUGAGGCCUGAUCUGGAGCUGCAGUUCAAGUGCUAUCAUCAUGAAGAUCGACAGAUGAAUACUAACUGGCCGUGCUCUGUGCAAGUUAGCGUGAACUCAACUCCGCUAAGUAUCGAGCGCGGAGAUAACAAGACCUCCCACAAACCCCUCUACCUGAAAAAUGUGUGCCAGCCUGGCAGGAACAGCAUCCAGAUAACCGUCAGCGCUUGUUGCUGCUCUCACCUGUUCGUGCUGCAGUUAGUUCACCGACCAUCCGUUAGAUCCGUCCUCCAGGGACUAAUCAAGAAAAGACUUCUCCCCGCUGAGCAUUGCAUCACCAAGAUUAAAAGAAACUUCAGCAGUGGAAGCAUCCCAGGAACCCCUGGUCCCAACGGAGAGGACGGUGUAGAGCAAACUGCUAUCAAAGUCUCCCUGAAAUGUCCGAUCACCUUCAGGAGAAUCCAGCUUCCUGCCAGAGGCCACGAUUGCCGGCAUAUCCAGUGCUUCGAUCUGGAAUCUUAUCUGCAGCUGAAUUGUGAGCGAGGGACAUGGAGGUGCCCUGUGUGCAAUAAAACUGCCCUGUUGGAGGGGCUUGAAGUUGACCAAUACAUGUUGGGGACCCUGGUGUAUAUCCAAAACACUGAUUACGAAGAGAUCACGAUUGAUCCGACCUGCAGCUGGAAGCCAGUACCAAUUAAGCCCGACACCCAUGUGAAGGAGGAGUCGGACGGGCCGGUUCUGAAGCGCUGCCGAAGUCUGAGUCCAACUCACAUGGUAAUGCCGAACGUCAUGGAGAUGAUAGCGGCGCUUGGACCAAGCUCCUCCCCCUUCAACAGUGUCCAAUCAGCUGGGAGUGUUGGCGCUGAUUACAACAGCCCAGGUUCUGGUUUUCAGAAUCCAGGUGGAUAUUCUGAAGGGGGUUUCCCUUCCUCCAACCCGGGCACCCCAACUAUGAAUGAUUUCACCCCCAACGCUCCUCCGCCCAUCUCCUACCAGUCUGACAUUCCCAGUUCCUUGCUGGGUCCCGAGAAGCCAGGCGGACCCUCAAUGGCUGGACAGGUCCCUCCCUCUGGACGGAUAGACCCGUCACAUAACCCCAACCAGACACUUCACUCUUCCAGCCUCAGCAGCCAAUCUCCGCAGCAGCUCCACCACCGUAACCCUUCCCGGCAGCAAAUGGCACAACCGCCCAACGACCUGGCUUUUAACCCCAUGCAAGGUGCUGGUGAUGUGGCGGAGCCAUCUUUGGAUCUUCUCCCUGAACUGACAAACCCAGAAGAACUGCUCUCGUACCUUGGACCCCCGGACCUCCCAAGCAGUGGCAAUGAUGACCUUCUAUCCCUCUUUGAAAACAACUGAAGCUUCCACUUUGACACAGGUGGUUCGCCAACCAAAUUCCUGUGUACGGCCUUCCAAAAACUUGCACAUGAAGGAGCCCAGUGACAUUAUGGAGCACAAGAGACCUACAUACAACUGCACCGGUGCAUGGCAUGGUGGACUGCAAUGCAGCGCUCUGCCAAAUAUACGUACAGAGCAUCACAUCAGAGACUUGCGGAUCAUUGCACUAUUUAUCUUUACCUGUAGCAGAUAUCCUGCAGUGUUGCCCUGUAUGCCCAAAAGAACAUUUCUGCAGAGCACUGUACUAUCUGCCUAUUUUUCUUUUUAAUAAACUCUAGUCUCUCUAGACUGCUGAUGAGAUGAGACCUACAGAGUGUUCCGCUUUAUUUGUUAAGAGAACCAGCAGAGCGUCUGCCAUUAAUGACCCCACUGAGAGACAGAGCUUUUGUUCUGCAAGCGUUGAGCAGAAUGUUGAGCCGUCAUCGGAAUGAUUCUGCUAUUGAGCAGCAGUCUGUGAUCUGUGAGGAGGUUAGGCCUCGGGAUUGACCUGACCGUAUAUAAAUAUAUAUAUAUUUUUUUUUUCUCCUGGAUUUCCAACCAGGAAUGCAAGGUUAAGAGCACAAGAUGGCUGGGCGUGUGUAUGUGUAUAUACAUUGUAAUGUAGUCGAAAUCCACACAUAUGUAUCUGUGUGUGUAAUUAAUGUGUAUAUAUAUAGACACACGCACAAAUAUAUAUAUAUAUAUAUAUAUUAGUGUGUGUGCCAUUUUUAAUAUAUGUAUAUUUGCGGUUUUCUGCAUUAAACUUUUUCUUAUACCUAAUUCCAUUGUGGAGGGUGGGUAUUUGGGACCAUGUGAUGCAGCAAGACCCCAUGCCUCAGUCUCCAUAUUUAUCAACCAUUUUCAGCUUGGACUAAAUUUACAAUAUUUUCAGGAUCCCUGACCUACAGGAGAAUACUUUUCCAAAUGCUGUGGUUUUCCAUGUUUCAUCACAUGCAGUAAUAAGGAGGUCUUCAGCAGUACAAUACCAGUGUGUAAAGAUGGAGCAGGAGAGUAAUUAGUUACCCUGAGCGUGGAAACGAGUACAUUUAUGUGUGUGUGUGUGAAUGUAUACACUUCUUGGCAAAGAAAAGGAGUAAGGAGCUGUAUACCCCAUGAAACAGAGAUAGAAAUUGGCCAGAGUGGGUUUAUUUCGGGUGGGCCGGGUUAAUUUAUUUUUUAUUUUAUUAAUGCACAUUCCCCUAUUUUCAUAUAAUACAUAAAAAUAAAAUAAAACACGGAGUGCAAUUUAUAAGAGGGACCAACAAUUAAAAUCCUCCCUAGUCAAGUUGUUAGGCCACUUAUUGGACUCGCCUCAGUGUUGGGUCAGGGUGUUUCUUUUUAUUUUUAAAAUAAUAUAAAGCCUAUUCAAUUCACCGCCAGAUGAGUCUUUAAGAUUGUGAGGAUUGUUGGUUUGUGUGUGUGUAUAUAAAUAUAUAACUAUAUGGGUUGUGCUCUGUGCUGGAAAAUGUGCAUUUUACAAAAAUAAAGAAAAAUCAUUUGAA